GGGGAUUCCCUGGCUACCACCUCGGCUCCUAAAACGGCCCUCCAAGUGGACACAGACCAGCACCUAGGGGCUUUCAGGUGGGGCUGGACAGCUGCCUUUGGGAGCCGCUGACUUUCUCUUUCCGGAACCAGAGAGAGUGGGGUGGGGGAGAUCUCUUCCUUUGGCCCCCACUCUGGGGGGGAAGCAGAGAAGCCAGCUGACUCCUGAGGCCUUCCUACAUACCUGCUUUCGCCCCACCAACCCUGUCCCAGGAAGCCAAGAUGUGGCAGCAGGAGCCGUGGCUGGUGCUGUUCCUUGUCAUCUCCUUCACAGGUUUGUGCCUGGCUGGUGAGCUGGAGACAUCAGCCCUGGUUACUGUGGUCCUGGGUCAAGAUGCAGAGCUGCCCUGUUUCUACAAGGGAGAGCCUGGGGAGCAGGUGAAGCAGGUGGCUUGGGCCCGAGUUGGAGAGGGAGAGGGAAUGACCGAACUGGCACUGCUCCACGACACAUACGGUCUGCACGUGAGCCCUGCCUACGAGGGACGAGUGGAGAGGCCGUCGCCUCCCCGGGAUCCCAACGACGGAGCCGUGCUCUUGCGGAAUGCCGUGCAGGCCGACGAGGGGGACUAUGAGUGCCGAGUCAGCACUUUCCCUGCAGGCAGUUUCCAGGCGGGGCUCCAUCUCCGGGUGCUUGUGCCCCCUCUGCCCACACUGAACCUGGGCCCUAGCCUGGAAGAAGGCCAGGGGCGAACCCUGGCCGCCUCCUGCACAGCCGAGGGCAGUCCUGUGCCCAGCGUGACCUGGGACACGGCGGUCAAGGGGGUGAUCACUAGCCGCUUGUCCAAUCACCCACGAUCGGCUUCGGUCACCUCGGAGUUCCACCUGGUGCCGAGCCGGACGAUGAACGGGCAGCCCCUCACCUGUGUGGUGUCCCACCCCGGCCUGCCGGAGGACAAAAGGAUCACGCACAUGCUCCAGGUCGCCUUUCUUGCCGAGGCCUCGGUAUGGGGCCACGAAGACCCAGAGUUAUGGCACGUGGGCAGAGAAGGCGUGAUGCUCAAGUGUGUGAGUGAGGGGCAGCCGCCCCCCUCCUACAACUGGAGCCGGCUGGAUCGGCCCCUGCCCAGCGGGGUGCGAGUGGACGGAGGCACCUUGGGCUUCCCCCCGCUGGUUGUGGAGCACAGCGGCACCUACGUCUGCCAUGUCAGCAACGAGGUCUCCUCCCGCAGUAGCCAGGUCACUGUGACUGUCCUAGCAGAAGAUGAAGCCCCACCUGUUGAUGUGGACGUGGUCUCGGCCUCCGUGGUGGCGGUGGGAGUGAUCGCUGCCCUGCUGCUGUGCCUUCUGGUGGUGGUGGUGGUGCUCAUGUCCAGAUACCACCGACGCAAGGCCCAGCAGAUGACCCAGAAAUAUGAGGAGGAGCUGACCUUGACCCGGGAGAACUCCAUCCGCAGACUCCACUCCCACCACGCGGAGCCCAGGACCCAGCCUGAGGAGAAUGUAGGGCUUCAAGCUGAGGGCCACCCUGAUAGUCUCAAGGACAACAGUAGCUGCUCUGUGAUGAGCGAAGAGCCCGAGGGCCGAAGCUACUCCACUCUGACCACGGUGAGGGAGAUCGAGACCCAGACGGAGCUGCUGUCGCCGGGCUCCGGACGGACAGAGGAGGAAGAAGACCGAGAUGCUGGAAUCAAGCAAGCCAUGAACCACUUUGUGCAGGAGAACGGGACUCUUCGAGCCAAGCCCACGGGCAACGGCAUCUACAUAAACGGGCGGGGACACCUGGUCUGACCCAACUCUCCAGGGACCCUGUGGACCCUCGCUGGGAGACUCUGCCCCCGGCGCCCCCAAAGAAAGACCUGCGACCUUGCUGACUUCUGGCCUGUUCCCAGGCCCUUCCCCAGCUUCUAUCCAGAGGAGCCUCUCCGGGUGCUAGUCACCGUGUGUGUGUGUGUGUGUGUGUGUGUGUGUGUGUGUGUGUGAGACCGAGGGCACCAGGACCCUGCGGCCUGCAUGGCGUGAGUGUGUCAGUGUACAGGUAAGUGUGUGUGAGCGAGUUUGACCCAUCACUCUGGAUCCCUGCGGAUGUACGCUGGCUACACCUUCAGACCCUAGAGCAGUAUUAUUGAAACAGGAGAGGUGGGGGGGCUGCUCCAGGGGAAGUGGACCCCUCCCAGGGGACAGUCCCGGACAGAGGCUGGGGGAUGCAGGGACAGUCUGAUCAAGGGAGCUGGACUCCUCCUGACUGCGGGAGCGGGGCUCCCCUCGGCUGGCUGUGGAAAGGGGCACCGUGUUUGGCUUGGGGGCUGGCAGUGCUGCUUGUAGAGUCCGCCCUCUCGAGGCUGGCGCCAGGAUGACAUUUCUGAAAGGUUGGAUCACAGAUUUAAGAGCCAGGAGGGACUUCCACCUUCCCAUCCCAUUUCGCAGAUAAAGAAACCGAAACCAGGACACUUAACUGAUCCACCCAAAGUUACAGAGGCAGUAAACAGCAGCAAUAAGCCUUGAACCCUGGACGGGAGUUCUUCCCACUGUACCACACUGCCUCCCUUGCUUGUAAAUAGGACUUUUUGUAAGUUUAAUUCCUUGUUAAAUGUUUUAGGGAAGCUUGCUAUUUGAGGGAUUGCUGCAGCAAAUCCUUUUUCCUAAGCAAAAAGCAUUUCUCUGAGAAAAACUAAUGACUGUAUAAGGUUUGGUCCCAUCUCUCCCCCCUGCUCCACCCAGCCCUUUCUGUAUCUUCCUCUAUUUCUCUAGCUAUGACCAAAGUACUAGCUUGGGGGAGCGUCGGAAUCCAGGGUCCAGGGUUGUAAUUUGCAUUGCUGGCAAGGGAAUUUAAAGCGAGGGGAGGCCGGAGGAGGGGCACCAUUUGGGUAAAUGGGGUGCUUCAGACAGGAACAGCCCUCUUUUCCUGGGUUCCUCUGCCACUGAACCUCUCAGGGACAGAUGGGUUCCCAGAGGCAGCUAGGGCUAGAAGGUGGUUGUGGUCCCCAAAGCUCAAGCCCUCCUAACACUCACUCAGUGUCCUCAGUCAUGGAUGUCCUGAUUAAGCAGGACAAACCCUAGUUUGGGGGAAUGUGCCAAAUGCUAUCUGGAGGAAGAGAUCCCUGUGUUGUUUCCUCAUGCUACCUCAGGGGACUCGGGGAGAUGGCGUGUGUGUGAACAGACACGGACGCCUGCUCAUUUUCUGGCCCUCUUGGACAGCCUGGAGUUUGAGGGAGUGACCCGGCGGAACAUAGGUCGGAUCUGUAAAUGUCGUGUGAAUAGUACUGUAGAAGUAGUGUAAAUAGUUUACAGUCCAGUCCUUCCCAGCCCUCAACCCCCUUCAUAAAUAAAGCUCUCCCAAACUGG